CACCACCGUCCACUCCCUUCAGCCAUUUUGUACUCUCUCUCUCUCUCUCUCUCUCUCUCUCUAUAAAAGCAAAGCCAGCACAGGGAAACUAUUCCUCCCCCUACAGCCUUUUUCACCAUGGCUGACCCCUACCCAAAUUUCUUCACAGGUCUAUACAAAUUCAACCCUCUCCACCAUUACCCUCCUUCAAACCCUCCUCCACACCCUCCCUAUGCUCACGACUUCUUCAUCAACCAAAACAACGACUCUUUCUUCCAUUACCAAACCCCACCUGCAUCCCCUCCUCUCAAAGAAGCUCUCCCUCUUUUAAGCUUAAGCCCUACAAAGCAAGAACCUGUAGAAGAUAAAUUAGAAGAGUAUUGCAGUACUGCCAUGGAUGUGGACAAGAUCAACAAAAGCGCACAAGAAGAAGAAGACGACGAUGAGUCUGUGACUGUUGCACUGCAUAUAGGGUUGCCAAGCCCUAGUGCUGCUGAGAUGGCUUCUAUGCUCUCUGCUUCUUCCUCGGAGAUCAAUGAUAAAGAUCAUGGAGAUGGCGAUGAUUCUGGGUACCCCAUGAACAGGCUCAACAAGGGGCAGUACUGGAUCCCGACUCCUUCUCAGAUUCUCAUUGGCCCAACACAGUUCUCAUGUCCUGUUUGCUGCAAGACCUUCAAUAGAUACAACAACAUGCAGAUGCAUAUGUGGGGGCAUGGUUCUCAGUAUAGAAAAGGGCCCGAAUCACUGAGGGGCACCCAACCAACUGGGAUGCUUAGGCUUCCUUGUUAUUGUUGUGCACCAGGGUGCAGGAACAACAUUGAUCACCCGAGAGCAAAGCCUCUUAAAGAUUUCAGAACUCUUCAGACACAUUACAAGAGGAAGCAUGGAAUUAAGCCGUUCAUGUGCAGAAAAUGCGGCAAGGCUUUCGCAGUGAGGGGUGACUGGAGAACCCAUGAAAAGAACUGUGGCAAGCUUUGGUAUUGCAUCUGUGGGUCUGAUUUCAAGCACAAAAGAUCUCUCAAAGACCAUAUAAAGGCUUUUGGCAGCGGCCAUGCAGCAUAUGGCAUGGAUGGCUUCGAAGAGGAAGAUGAACCAGCAUCCGAAGUAGAGCAAGAUAAUGAGUCGAUGCAGUGAAAUAUAUAUAUAUAUAUAUAUAUAUAUAUUAACGAAUCGAGCAUCAAUACUAGUAAAUGAUCUAAAGUCCAUAAUUAGCUCAUUUGCAUUAAUAUAGCCAUGGCUUUCUUACUAAGAACUAUAGACGUAUGAGCUUCAAAUUACUUGGAGAGCCGAUUUAUUA